CAGGCGUCGCUGCCCUACCUGGCUUUUGAAGGCGCCACGAAGAGGAACAGGCCGAACGUGCAGGUGGGAGAUCUUAUUUAUGGUCAGUUCCUUGUAGCAAAUAAAGAUGUGGAACCAGAGAUGGUCUGUAUAGACAGCAAUGGAAGAUCAAGUGGAAUGGGAAUAAUUGGACAAGAUGGCUUCCUUUUUAAAGUUUCCUUAGGUCUAAUAAGAAAACUCUUGGCUCCCAAAUGUGAAAUAAUUCAGGAGUUGUCCCAAUUGUACCCGUUUGAGCUGGUGCUGGGAAUGAAUGGAAGAAUAUGGGUAAAAGCAAAAACAGUUCAACAGACUUUAAUUAUAGUAAAUAUUUUGGAAGCCUGUGAGUAUAUGACUGCGGAACAGAGAAAACAAGCACUUGCCAAAUUGUCAGGGAAUUGAUAAGAGAAAACCUCAAGGGUUUGAGAUGAAUGUAGGAUGUUUGGGUUAUUUUUGUAUUCGGAUUUAUAUUAAAAGGCAUUUUUUAAAU